CUUCCAUACGGCGGGCAACCUGGAAACCUUGUCCGAAACAUAUGUUUUGUAUGCCCGUCCUCCCGCUCCGAUUUUUCUGCUCUUAAGCACCGGUUUGCGUCAGAGUCGUCCCACGAUUAACGAAUUCGCGGCCUGAUCGGGAUUGAGAAUUAAAGCCCAGCCAAGAGAAUAAGACAGAAUAGAGCGAUGGCGCAGGAAAAGCUACGCUGCGUGCAUAGUGGUUGCGGCAAGGAGUACACAGACCCGGACGAGGUCUGCCGCUACCACCCCGGCCCGCCUGUUUUCCACGAGGGCCAGAAAGGGUGGAAGUGUUGCAAGCCGCGCGUCCUCACUUUUGAGGAGUUCAUGGCCAUCGAGCCCUGCACCGAGGGCAAGCACAGCACCACGGAUCUGCCGCCCCAGAUCGAGAAGAAGGAAGCCGAUCCGGCGGCGCUCCAGGACGCCACGAACCUCCCUCCGCCCCCGCCGCGUGCGCCAGUGACGGCGCCUCAGCACAUCCCCACCCCGCCGCCCCCGCCCCCGGAAUCCGAGGAGGACGAUGAUACGGUGGAAAUUCCUGACGGACGCGUGUGCAGGCGCAGGGCCUGCGGCGCCAUCUACAAGAAGGGAUCCAGCAGGGAAGGGGAGAAGUGCGUCCACCACCCCGGCGUUCCCAUCUUCCACGAGGGGAGCAAGGGUUACAGCUGCUGCAAGCGUCGUGUGCUGGAGUUCGACCAGUUCAUGAAGAUCGAGGGCUGCAAGACUAAAGAUCGGCAUCUGUUCGUCGGGAGCGGGAAGAAAGACGCCGCAGCCAAGGCUCCCGCGGGCCCUGAUGGCGAAGAGCUCCUGGAGACGGUCAGGAACGACUUUUACCAAACCGCAACAUCGGUGAUCGCGUCCUUCUUCCUCAAGAAGAUCGACAAGGACGCGGCCAAGGUUGAGUUCCAGGAACGGAAGCUGGUGCUGGACCUGCCGACCACGGAUUCCCCGGUACCCAAGCGAUACAAGGCCGAGGUGCCGUUGUACAGCUCCGUGGAUCCCUCCAAAUCCACUUUCAAAGUUUUGGGCACCAAGCUCGAGGUAUCGCUCGCGAAGGCCGACGGCGCCUCUUGGCCGGUCCUUCGCAGCGAUGAUCGCCCAACGGGUGAGAUUUUGCAAGUUGGGCGGGCCGGAAGGGUCUAGACCCACCGCUCACCUCUCCCACCCCUCUUAUUAAGGAACAAGGAAAUGAGAGGUAGAUGGAAACAUGCACACCAUUUCACCUGCUUCUCCUUCUUCCCUGCUUUCACGGCACCACGUGAGGUUCCAUUCUCAAGACGACGACAAGGGCGCGCCAAGGAGCGGCUCGCGGAAAGAUUCAAGCUUUGAAUCCCCGCGCCAAAGCUGAAGGAGUUGGCUCUUGGAGUGAUAUCAGAAUCUGGGACCGCGCCUUAUUGAGGCCGCGGCAUCUGAUAAAGGAGAGUGGAACCGACCGGGAGGGAACACCGAAAACGAGAACUGGGACAAGCCUGGUAAACUAGGCCAGGCAUUAGGCAGCAAGCAAAUGCCGUUAUGCACCAGAGCUUAAAGGUCCUUUACUGCGUUUUUACUGGCGCGUACUGUACCCAUUCUUGGCUCUGGGUCAAGGGCACGCGGCGUGCCUGCUGGGUCGUCUCGACCUCCCCUGCUGUCUCAGCCCAGCUCUCUGUCCAUCCGGGAUGGAUUACACGUCCCAUCUACCGUUAUUCAUCCGUCUGACUCACGAGGUUCCUUAGUGGAUAGACUACACUUGUAUACGUUUAUACUAUCGCCAUCGGAGAUGCCGUCAGUCGCUUAUUUUUUUUUUCUCUCGGGUUCCUCUUCACCUGCCAAGCCUCACCCCCAAUGCGCCUUGAUCAGCCACUACUCCCGAACCGCCAAACAUUUACCAAAGUACCACAUACAUCGAGCAACCAGCGAGCCAGAACCACGUUUUCCCCCACGUGCUCAACACCGUUCAGCAUCUGUACAUAGAUAUUUACAUGCUCACACAUGGUGUUCCGGAGGACGCCGUGCCAUCCUCCAAGCGAGAGAUUCUGCGAUCAGUCGGCAGGCACCACUACAUCACAUCCGUAUGGGGAAUAGCCUCACCUCUCUC